CCGCUCUUAGCUUGGCGCUCUCAUCCUCUCCGUGGCAUCCCUGCUUCUGUCAGAUGUACGAGUCUCACCAGAAACAGAGGAUGUCUAGGCCUGGCUCUUCUCUAUAGCUGGUAUAAAUAUGAGGAUAAAAAGAUAAGAAAGAAAGAAAAACACCUUGUAAAGUCUUAGUCAAGUUUGGUGAAGAUGGAGUGACGAUGUUUGCUGUUGACUGACUCCAAAAAAAAAUCAAAAUGAAGAGGAGGCUGCUUCGUGGUUUCAUGUCGGAAGUUUCCAUCAGGAUGGCGCUGCUGGUUGUGUUCCUUGUGACGGAGCAGCUUACUCCGUUCUUCCGUGAGAUCCAGCCAGAGGAGAUGUGGUUGUAUAAAUUCCAUCGUGUGGAGCGAGACCAUGUGCCGACCUCCCUUAUGUUUAGUGUGGCGGUUUUCACCCCAUUGAUUGUAAUCGUCUUGUUCACCUCAAUGAAGAGGACAGAGAGGGGAGAGCUGAAAGAGGCCACGCUGGCUGUGACUCUGACUCUGGUGCUGAAUGGAGUUUUCACAAAUGUCAUCAAGCUUGUUGUUGGCAGGCCUCGGCCAGACUUCUUCUAUCGCUGUUUCCCAGACGGACAGAUGAACCUGGAGUUACGCUGCAGCGGUGACCCAGAUGUGGUCAUAGAGGGCAGGAAGAGCUUUCCAAGUGGACACUCUUCCUUUGCCUUUGCAGGUUUGGGUUUCACAGCGCUGUACAUUGCGGGGAAGCUGCGCUGCUUCAAUGCAGCAGGCCAAGGCAGAGCGUGGCGGCUGUGUGCCUUCCUCACGCCUUUAAUCAUUGCGACAGUGAUCGCCCUCUCCAGAACCUGCGACUACAAACACCACUGGCAAGACGAACACGUUAUGAUGCAGCCUGUGUGUUCCCUCUACACUUUGGAGAAUUGUGACGACGUGUUGGUGGGUUCUCUGCUGGGCAUGACCUUUGCCUGGCUGUGUUACAGACAGCACUACCCUCCUCUUAAGGACCCCGACUGCCACAGACCUCUGCGUCACAGAGAAACUGUUCCCGCCGCACAGGAGCGCAAACUAGCCAACUCCAACUACAUCCUGCCCCUGUAGAACCGCUCUGGAUCAUACUGGUGUCAUUAAUACUGGGUUACAUGGUAAUCCUCCUGGUUCUGGUUCUCACUCCCUUGGGGCUGGGCAGUGCAUCAAUAUUUAUUGUUUUAUUGUCUUUGUACAUGUAUUGUGGGAUAUUCUUUUUGUUUGGUGAAAAGUGACUCAUGGGUUAGCUCUGUAACUUAAACAUUUAAUUCUUCUGAAUGGUUUCUGCAAAUUUUGAUGUAGAUAAGGACUCCGUUAACAAUCCAAAGCAGUGAAUUAGCAGCAACAUAAACAACCUGAGGUGUUGGUUUUAAACCCAAAUACACACAAAAUGUAUGCAUACAGCCCAGCCCUGCACACUUUGUGUACGUGCCUAUAAAUCACUUUGAAUACACACAACAUCUGAAAAAGUUAAGUUCAGAAGCACUGCACUGAUAGUCCACUGCCCACGAUCUCUGGCGUAGCUGCUGUGAAAAACGUCCCCGUGUAGGCUUCACUGUCUGUGAUUGUUUUCUUCAAAGGCGGGGUAGAGACCUGCAGACAAAUGAACACUGUUGGAUAUUUGCGCAUGGAAGUUUGCUUGUUCCUGACCUUUAGGGAAGGAAAAUCAGAGCUCAGAAAAGGGAUAACAACACUUUUAACAAUUUAAUGAAUCCUUUUUUGUCAUUAUUGCCUUUUAUCAUUAAUAAUGCCAAACACUGAAUGGUUGCAGCUUAUCAGAUGUUAAACUCUGUUACUCUUUUAGCAUUUCAAAGGGAAUGUUGAGUGUUGGACUGUUGGUAGAAAAACAAUUUGAACAGAAAAAAGUGCUUAAUCAUGACUUUAUUCAGUUAUACUCUCUAAUGAAUGAAUACAGUGAGAACAAAUGAAGAAAUAAGACUGCAUAGCAUCAUUUGAAUAAUCCUUAUCUAGCUCAAAGAGGUCCACUUUUUAAUUAUUGAGAGCUUAAGAACUCCAUUUCAAAUUCCUCUUUAGUUGGUGGAGCUGGUUCAGGUGUGGACAGGAGACCUACAAAUGUGGAGCCACUUGAACCUACAACAAGAAACUGACUGAUCAAUUAAUGGAUGACUGUAACUGUUUAACACCAGACUGAACCAGCCAAAGCAUCAACUAUGGUCAAAGUCAGGGUGGACAUCCACAAGGAUCAUUUGAAUGGUUACGUGAUGCCACUCACUGAAGAAGACUUAGAUAAGACACACAUCUUCAAAUAAUUACCAAGUGGACCUUUACCUUGAGAUUAUCUGAACAUUUGUUUGGUUUGACUGAAUAAAAGCCCAUUCAAAUUAAUUGAUAUCAUAUUUUAUAUGAUAAACUUAAGCAUUAAUGCUGCCUUUAUCAUAUCCUGUGUUUAUUAUUGUACACAAGUUCAGUUAUAAAGCCAAAACCAACAAUGUAUGUAAUCAGACAGCUCCCAACACUUUCCCACCCUGUCUGCCACUCUCCUCUCAGUCACAAAUAUCCAGUGUAUGUUGUACUCUAACGAGGUGACAUUUCACUGAUGAUCAUGCGAUUUCAGCCACUAACUUUUCACAUUAUCUUGUGCCAUUCACUGUACAUGUCGAAACAGUAGACAGUGACGUCCAUCUUAAAAAAAAAUGUAAAAUAUAUAAGGGCAAUGUUGUGCAUAUCAAACAGAAUGAGUUCUUCGUUGUUGGUUUUGGUCUUUCCACAGAAUUUAUGACAUUAAAAAAAGGAAAGGAAAGGAAAGGUACUUAACGUCACUAGAUUUGUUCUUGAUUCCCUGUCUGACAUGUGAAGACAUUCCUUUAAUCAUUUUGUGGAUAUUAACAUGUCCACUGCUAUCUAAAGCACCAGCCUGGUUGCCUUUGUGUAUACAGCAGGAAAAUGAAAACAUCAUAACUUUGAUCGCUCCGCUCAUCGCUUUAAAUCUCUCCGUCUUCCUUUGAUAUAUUUUGAAUGUUCCAUCCAUGGAUUGAUUCAUAUCUGAAAAGGGUUCAUAUUUUGCAUCCAGUCCUCAGUUAACGGCAUAAUGUAGCAGUUCCACUUCUCUUCUCUCAAAUGAUAACCACAUCUCAGCAGUAACUGGACAGCACACCUUCUAAUCACAACUUAAAAUCUGACUAUACAGAACUAUGAGAUCAAACUUUCAGCGGUCUCAGGCUAAUUUGAGGUCUGCUUUGAUUUACUGUUCAGAGGUCAGACUGUAUGUAACCUCUCCAGGCGAUGGUGCUAGCCUCCCAGUGCUCCUGCUGGUCAGGUUUUCUAUGCUGUUAAUACUUUUAUUGGCGCGAAAUGUUUGGGGUCUGUUUUCUUACUUUUGAUUUAUUUAAUUUAAGAUGGAGAACACUUCAGUCUGUGAUUAUUUUAUGUUUAUUGAUUUCAGAUUUGUGUUUUCUUAUUCUAUUCUGUCUUUUAUUUAUGCUUUUAAUUGGAAACAACAAGAUGAAUUGUACUCAGAUGUAACUGUUUUUGCAAGUUGAAAUGUGAGAAAACAAACCUUUGUGUUUCCUUGGAACCAGUCAAAGUUUUGCAGGGUCAAAAAAGCACUUUUUGCUCGUUGCUGUGAGUCAAGCUUCAAUCAGCUGGAUCGCAGCGGUUUCAGACCAAACUUGGCAGAAAAAAUGAUGAAUUUGUGCCUUUGUUUACGUCGUUACUUCAUUGCUGUUAGGUGAUGAGGGAAGUAUGUACUGCAUGUUACAGUGUAUGUUCACUGUCAUGUGGAAACAAAGUAGUUGUCAAAAUUGCAGGUUUUAUUGUUUGGCAGUUUUUAGGAUUUAUUUUAGAAGAUACUACAUGAUGUAAAAAUGUGGCAUGCAGCCUUUCUUUACCUCAAAAAGAUAUCUAUAAGUUAUUUUAACAUUCUUUCGUUCGUUGGAUUAAAAUGUGACGUUUUCAGGGUGAAAUCAUGACAAAUGUUCAAAUGAGAUGAGCAGAAAGUUCACUUAUAAAUCAACUCUGUUAAGCUUAAAGGGAUUUUUGUCAUCGUGUACAGAUCUAAGUGUAUUUUUCAUUUUUGGGCAUGUAGGAGUCCACUUGACUUUUGACUAUUUGUUUGUUUACCUUAAGUGUGAUGACUUAAUGUGACAAAAAUGAGUAUCACAAUUAAAGGCACAUGGGGUUUAGCUAGAAAAAAAAGACAUUCUUUAGAGUCUGCUGCAUUUUGAUAAAAUCCUGCAUGUGUUGCACAUUUAGAGCAACAUAUUUCCUUCAAUACUUCCUAUCAAACCCCCAUAUUUACAUUUUCUUAAUUUACAUACAAGUAAUUGUAUCAGGUCUUCUUCAGAUCCUGUCAUGAAAAGGGAUUAUGCUAAACUUGCCUGUUUGCUUUGUUGAUGUCAUCAUGAUUUGCCUUGGCUUGCAGGAGCACAAAGCAGCAGUUCAUGCUGGUACGGUUUCCUGAUUGUACAUGUUGUGAUGCUUUUAAUGACUUUUUGUGACACUUGAUGAUGAUGUUUCUACAUAAUCUUACAAUAUAUGCUGUCCUUUGCUUA